AAAAGACAAACAGACCUGUGUGGAUGUGAUGGACAGAUAGAGAUUUAACUUUCGUCGAUGUGAGUUGAUGAGAUCAUCAUGGGGCGCUCUUCAAAAGACAAGAGAGACAUCUAUUAUCGAUUGGCCAAGGAAGAAGGCUGGCGAGCUCGUAGCGCUUUCAAACUGCUUCAGAUCAACGAGGAAUUCAACAUUUUUAAAGGUGUUAGCAAAGCAGUUGAUCUGUGCGCAGCUCCUGGUAGUUGGAGUCAAGUCCUGAGUAGAAAACUCAGACAGAGCGAUGCGGACAAGGCAGAGGUCAAGAUUGUAGCAGUUGACCUUCAGGCCAUGGCUCCUCUAGCAGGGGUCAUUCAGCUGCAGGGGGAUAUAACAAAGGAGUCAACAGCUAAUGAGAUCAUUAGUCAGUUUGAAGGAGAGCAGGCUGACUUAGUAGUGUGUGACGGGGCACCAGAUGUAACAGGACUUCAUGACAUCGAUGAAUAUAUACAAGCACAGCUCCUUCUUGCUGCGCUUAAUAUCACCACUCAUGUCCUAAAGACUGGAGGAACGUUUGUUGCAAAGAUAUUUCGUGGCAAAGACGUCACUCUCCUCUACUCACAACUCAAGAUCUUCUUCCCGAAUGUGACGGUCGCCAAGCCGAGAAGUAGCAGAAACUCAAGUAUAGAAGCGUUUAUUGUUUGCCAGGGCUAUGCUCCGCCGGCUGGCUACAAACCCAACAUGUCUAAUCCACUACUCGAUCAACGUUAUAAUGUAGAUUUCAACAGCCUAGAGGGACCAAACAGAGUAAUUGUACCGUUCUUAGCGUGUGGUGACCUCAGCGCCUACGACUCGGACAAAACCUAUCCACUAGAGCUUGAACCGGGUGCAGGUUACUCCUAUCAUCCUCCGAUGCAAGCACCGAUAGAUCCACCCUACAAGACCGCCUGCUACCUCAAGAAAACUGACAAGCUGUCCAAACCGGAUGUUGCCGGUUCAAACCAGUCCACACCAGUAGCAGCAGCAACCAGUUCCAGCCAGUCAGAACUAGAUGAAGUGUUGAGUGUGUCCAGUGUGGAUGACACAAGUACCAGGCAGUCAGAGAUAGACAUUCAAGCAAGUACGACGUAGUCGAUGGUAUGCUUGAAUUGUGCACAGCUGGU